AUGGGGGAUCUCUACUACAACCAGAGUUUUCUUACACCAACGGGAGAAUCCACCAAUGGUUCCGGCGAGACCGACGCGGCGAACAUGGUGGUCUUGGCCAUGUUCGGCGUGAUCUGCGCGGUAGGAGUCGCCGGCAAUCUCCUGGUCUGUAUCGUGCUGCUCCGCGUGCCGUCCCUCCGGUCCAACACCAGUGAUUUCCUGGUGCACCUUUCCCUGGUCGACCUCGCCGUCUGCGCACUGGUCGUCCCCCUCAAGAUCGUCCUACCGCUGAUCCAGCCCAUGAGCCCGAGCCCAAACGUCUGGGGCCAGUUUCGGUGUCGUGUGUACGAGGGUCAGUAUCCCUUCUGGGUCUGCGCCUUAACCUCCGUUUUUAGUCUGGUCACCGUGAACCUGGAGCGUUUUGUAGCUAUCGUCCAUCCGCACAAGUACAAGCGGAUCUUCGGCAAUAGGCGGAACAAACUCUUCAUUAUUUUGUCGUGCUGGGUCCUGGCCGCACUCUGCAAAUGCUUCAUUGUGUUUCUGUACGACGAGGACCCAGUACUUGGAUGCCGCUUUCUUAACUGGCCCACCUUUGCUUGGCAAGCAGGCAUGGGAAUGUUCAACUUCACAGUAAACCUGCUGGCACCGUUCGUGGUAAUGGUCUGGGUACAGUUGAAAGUCAUCUCGAUGUUGAAGAAGCAGGUGCGCACGCUUAGUGGACGCUUUGUUUCAUGGGACCAAGGCCUACCACCGGCCGACCGCCGUAAGAUGUGGCAACUCCGGGCGACCCAGACCCUGGCGCGGACUCUUCUUGCCUUCGUCCUCACCUUCGCCGUCUGCUGGUUCCCUGACCAGUUCAUGUUCCUGCUGUAUUCCUUCGGAGUCCCGUUAAGCUUCACCUCGACCGUCUACCACUUUGGUGUCAUCCUUGCCGUGUGUAACUCAUGUGUCAACCCCAUCAUUUACACCAUGACCAACCAGCAGUUCCGUAAGGGGAUCAAAAUGGCGUUCUGUAAAAGAAACUCGGGUCGUGUCGGCGAUGCUGCAAAUACGUCGAGAGUGAUUACAGUAGUGACAUAAAGAGACCUUCGGAAACAUUGGUCGAAAU